UCCGGACGUCGUCUCCACUGUCUUUCCACACCACCAGAAUGGCACGCUCAAUCAUCGCUCGCUGGGGGCACUGCUUUGUCGCAAGCAAGGUUACUGCCGAGUGUGGCUCAUCGCUCUCCCACAACCAAGGGCAGUUUCCAGGCUCUCUUCGAAUUGUUGUUGAUGAUAUUGAGGUUGGCUAUGCUGCCGUCAUCUCCAACACCUUCAUCCUCGUUCCCUCCCACGUGGCGAGCGUUAAUGACCUGGCAAAUGAGGUGGUCAAAGAGCAGGAUUGGUCCAUCUACCUGUGCGAGACCAUUCCGGCUCCCGACGGUCAAUCUGUGCCGCUUGGACAAUAUGUUUGCAGUGCUACGGGUGUCAAGUUUGGUUCGGGGGACUUUGUCAUUGUUCAAAUUAGGUCAGCUAAUGACCAUUCCGUUGUUGGCCCCAUCAAACACUUUGAGGAUCUUUUUCUCUUCGACGCUCCAAGCGGCACAUACGACUAUGAUAAACUGGACAUGGAGAAUCCCGCUUUACCUGGUGACAGCGGCCUCUUGGUGCAAAAAAAAAUCUUGCUGGGUGGAGUUUUAAGUUCCAGACAGGAUGACGGCAGCUACACCAAGUUGGUCAUGUUUGCCAUGAAGGAAGCGCUUGACGUCUUAAAGCAAAGCCAAACUGUGCUCAACUCGACUUACGACCGCCAGGAAAGCCAGGUUGACCCUCGUGAUGCCCCUUUGCUGCAGACUGGCAUUUUUGUGGAAGGCCUGGACGAAUAUGUUGCCCUCAGCCUUGCCGAUGACGUCAAGAGAGCGAUUCAGAAUCUUCCGCAAGAUGGUGGUCGAAUAACCUACGAAAUCAAGCCUCGUGAACAAGCUGCUCGUACAGUUAACCUCACACUCAACAAGUACGACCGUACGGUGUUCUUGUCGAUCCUGGCGCAAAAACUGAAUAGAGGAUUCCUCCCCUACGACACUGUCGACUACGGUGGUACGCAGUGCUGGGUAAAACAUUCCAUGCUCGAGAAUGUGCGUAUCUACACACAUGUCGGUCGCAUGGCACACGAAGCUAAACAUUACAACUUUGACAACAAUGGCGCCCAGUACCCUCAUGACAAGGCAUUGCAAAUUACCGGCAUCACACGUGCCGUCCUCUUGACCGAGGCCACCAAGGACGAUGCUGUGGUGUGUCACCAUCCACUGCUUUGUGAGUACAAAUCUCACUUUGAUGAUCGCCUCAAGAAGAAUGGUGUCCACACUUGCAUCCGUCCUAGCCACUUGCUAUUGUCUUCAGGAUGCUUGAAUGACUUGCACACGAAACUGAACCAGAUCAUGCAUGGCCUUGGUGAUCCAAUUUGAGGCAAUGUCGCUAUCUUCAAUUGUUUGUUGUUUCUCCGCCACUUUGCUUUUUGACUUGCUUUUGAAAGCAUGCCUUAUGUCGUUGUUUUCGCUUUACUUCCCUCUUUGCCGCGUUGCUUUCUGUGAAAUUCAAUUUUUUUUUUCUGC